UCUCCCCGCAGAGCCGUGUGGAUUUACUACCAGAAAGCCGCCUUUAUUUGUGUCUCCUGAGCACAGCAGAUUAAAAAACACGCCAGGAAUCUAAACGCUCGCUUACUGUCUCUACAGUGUGGGUUUGAAUUUAAGGACCCUCUGGGUUUUUUCUGCCUUUAUUUUCAUUUUUAACUCUUUGAAGGAGACACAAAGGAGAGAUGGGUGCUCAGUUGACUAAAGGUGAAGCUACGGUGGACGGAAAAGCAGUGGCUGAUAGAGCCAAUGGUCAGGAAAAUGGCCAUGUGAAAACCAAUGGCGACGUAUCCACCAAGCCAGAUGGAGAAGCCGUGGCAGCAGACGGAAAUGGAACCGCGGAGGUUGCCAAGGUAGAGGCCGCCAAGACGGAGGCGGGAGAUGGCAUCGAAGCCGCUCCUGCUACCGAAGGCGAUGCCGCCAAAUCCGACGGCGAAGCUGCAAAGGAAACCAAGAAGAAGAAGAAAUUCUCACUGAAGAACUCCUUCAAAUUCAAGGGCAUUUCCCUGAAGAAGAACAAGAAGGGAAGCGAGGAGGCAGCGGAGCCCGCGGCCACGCCCACCGCCGAAGACAAACCCGAGGAGACCGGCCAGGCUGCUACGGAAACCAAAGAGGAGGAGCCUGCUGCGGCAGAAACCAAUGAGACACCGGCACCCGAAGCAGAGGCGGAGCCCAAAGCAGAGGCGGAGCCUAAAGCAGAAGAGCCCGCCCAGGAAACAGAAGCCGCGCCCACAGAGGAAAGCACAAAAUCUGACGAGACCCCGGCCCCUGCUGAAGAGACCACGCCCACCACAGCCUCGGACCCGGAGCCGGCUGCAGAGUGACCUCACUUCACUGUGGCAACCUAGACUGUUUAUCUAUCCUUUUUUUCUUUUUGAGAUUGAAAUAUAUAAAUAUAUAUAUAAAUAUAUAUAAAUAUAUGAGACUUGAGCCACAAUCUUAAA